ACAGCUUCCGCGCACAUUAAUACGGAUAUCCGGGCUGCAUGUUGUGUGUAUGAGCCGGAGAGAGGUCAUUGCUCAUAUGGCAGGCUGAUGGUUAUUGUAUAAUCAGUCACAUGGACUCGGCACCGGGAAACCUCAGCAGGCGGCGCCAGGAGCAGCGGAAUGUGCAGAACCUCUCUCCCCCGACUGAAGAGGAGCUAAAGGCAGCAAGGGAAUGUUUGGUAAAGAACUUUUGGUACAGAUGUGUCCCCUUCACGGUGAUCAGCGUUGUGGCUACAAAGGCCCUCCUCGCUAAAGGAAUCAUUACAUCAUCUUCAAGAUUCGGCGCCCGCUCAAAACUUCUAUUUGGCGGGAUUUUUGGAUACAUAGCUGGAAAUAUUUCAUCCAUGAAAGCCUGCAGAGAACAACUCAUGAAAGUCCGGAGUUACCCGCUGGAUGAGCAGGGUCACCAGGGAGACAGACGUCAGACACAAUUUCCGUCUGACGCCCCAUCCUCGUAUCCAAGCCAGAGUUUGACUCCACUGUCUGAAUCCCCAAAAAUCCCAAAAUACUCCCCUAGCGAGUAUGAUACCAGUGCUGCAACUGUGCCAUUCAGCUCAUCCAUGAGUGAAUCCUUACCCACUGGAAUUGUGUAUAAUACAGGACGAGAUGCUGAGCCUGUUCCAGAGGAAAGAUCUAAGCAGAAAAUAAUGACUUAUGAUGAGCUGAGAAGCAGCAACAGAGACCCCUACCACACGGCUGGCCUGCCUACCCAGAAGACACCACAGAGGGCGCCUGCUGAAGACAAAGGGACUUGGAAGAAAGACAAGAAGAACAAAUAUGGUGAUGUAUGGGAAGAAUGAAACAAUUGCGUUUGCUGUACAAAAUUUCUACCCCCUUGUGAAACGCAAAUCUGAGUGCAUAGAGUCCAUAUGUUGAUAGUUAAUAAAUCUGAUUAUAAAACAAA